AACUCUGUAUUUGCGUUCUCAGAUGACUCUCGUUGGAGAUCUGUUGGCCAUGUACGAGAUGAGAAGGGAUGAGGAUUUUAAAAGAUCUCUCUAUGUCAUGAUGAAGAAUUUCAAAAAGAAUUACUACAAGGACCCACCUCCGAUUUUUGAAAGUGCGCAGCAUCUCAGAUUUAGUGGGUCGAAAGGAUUGGCCUUCCUAGUAUACAAGUCAGAGGAGGAAGCAGAGAGGAUGAAAAAAGUAUUAGAUAACCACAGAUUAAUACAAGACGCAAGAUUUGCCGGCAUGAAAGGCUGUCAUGGCAUUCGAGAGGAUGAGAUUGUUGUGCAUCCAUACAAAUUGGACAUUGAAAAUGUACCAGCCAAGAUAAAGUAUGAAGAUUUGGAAAAGACGUUUCAAACAGCAAUGGAGAUCGUUUACAAGCCUGGGACUUGUUUUGCAAACUUGAUCUACAAAACAAAAGAGGAUGCUGAGGAUGCCUUCAGAAGUGCCGAAAACGUUGAAAUUGAUGGCGUCAAAUUGAGUGUCCUCUACCGCAAGUAUGACAAAGGAAAGGGACGACCACAGCUAAAGCCAAAGAAGGAAAAAUUCAAGGCAAAAAAGCUAGACAUUGAUCAUGUACUAGCAUCAUCAUGAGAAAAAAUAUAAGUAAAUUGAAAAUUGUUUAAUCCACACUGGAAGGAGAGGGAAGACAGAAACAGACAAUGAAUGAGUGAAGAGGGAAAUGGAGAAAGAGACAUUAAUUUUUUUCAAAUAAAUAUAUUUGGGAAUUA